AUGCAAAAGGUAGAGCAUAUAAAAGAAGACAAUAAGAGCUGUCAAGUUGAAUAUCUGGAAACGCCCAUCAAAUCGGAGACCGACAAGAAGGAAUACAAAGUUAUCAGAUUACCAAACGGUUUAGAAGUUUUAUUAAUAUCCGAUGAAUAUUCAAAUAGAUGCUCUUUUCAACAUCAAGGUUUAAGAGAUGAAGAAGAGAAAUAUAAUUUAGAAGAAUAUAUUAACAAACAUGGAGGUGAUUUAAAAUGGUCAAUUGGAUACGAAAAUCUAUCAUUCUCUUUUAAUAUCCAAGGGAAGCAUUUCUUAUCAGUUCUUAUUCACUUUGCUAAAUUUUUCGCUAACCCUUUAUCGGAGAAAGUUGCAUUUAUGAGCAAUCGAAAAACCAUAAAAGAAGAAUUUCAGGAAGCCUUAAAUUUUGCCAAGAACAGAAGUAUUGCACCAUUUGUUUCUUCCAUCGCGCGUACUGACCAUCCAAUCAAUAAAAAUACUGAGGAUUAUUUCAUAAAAAUGCAGGAAAAUUUGGAUUACACAAAACUAUAUGAAGAGCUUCAAAAGUUCAUGAAAUGCUAUUACAGUGCUCACAGAAUAAAACUGGUUAUACAAGCAAGUUUAUCGCUGAAUACAUUAGAAAAAUACGUCACACAUUCUGCACGUUUUGUUAAUAUACCAAGUGGCAUAUUGCCUCUCGAUGAUUCUAUAAAACGUAAAUAUGAUCCUUUUGAUACUGCUGCUUUCCGAAAAAUGUAUAAAGUGAAUGAUUAUCUGUUUUUUAGACGACUCUCUAGAGAAGGAAAAUGUUACACCAAAGAGAUUCUAGAUGCGAUAUACUCCUAUAUCAAUUUGCUAAAAAAAGAAGGUCCGCAGAAAAGAAUUUACGACGAGAUUAAUAUGGCUGUAGAAUAUUCUUUUAGAUAUAACGACGACCAUUGUCCAUUGAAUAAUGCAACAAUUUUAUGUGGCAACAUGCACUUGUAUCCACCGCAUAAAAUCGAGUCAGGAAGGAAUACAUCGUAUAUAGACAUCGAGAUACCACAGAAAUGGUACAAAUGCUGGAAAUCCAUUGAACCAUUGUCAGAUUUUCACUUACCAUUGAAAAAUGAAUGGCUUCCUAUUGAAUGUACUUUAAUAUCAAUGCCAGCAAAAUUUUCAAAAUAUCCUAUAAAAUUGUACAGUGAUAGUAUAUCGGAUAUUUGGUAUUGUCCUGAUCUCAAAUUUUGUUUGCCAAAAUGCUACAUGUAUUUCCAUCUUGUUUCCUCUCUAGGACAUAAGUCAUCGGAGAAUGCGGCUCUCAUGUCAUUGUACUGUGAAAUAUUAAAACUACUAGUGGUGAAAGAUCUAUGUUCAACUUCAAAUGCUGGAUACUAUUAUAAUAUCAGUCUUAGUGACAGAGGAAUUAUCAUUAAAAUAUUCGGACCUAUACCGCAGUUAUUGUUGUCAAUUAUAGUGAAUUGCAUAAAGGACUAUCCAAACUUGAUUACGAAGAAAUUAUACGAAUUAGUUAGAUAUGAUCAACUUGAUAUCUAUAAAAACAUAAUUUCUAAACCUGGAAGUCUCGCUGAAGAUGUGUCAUUACGGAUAUUAAGAUCAUUUCAUCACACACACAUUGAUAAGCACAAUGCUCUACAAAAUAUUAGUAUUGAAGAAUUCCAAGAUUUUACAAAACGUUUUAUCAAUUAUCUGUACAUUCAGUGGUACGUGCAAGGCAAUAUCACGCCAGAUGAUGCGAUAAGAACUAUACAACGGUGUGUUGAAAUAAUUAAAUGUAAACCUUUACACUCUAAUUUGAGAAAUCUGAUUAAAGUCACUCAGAUGCCCUUGGGUACUAAUUAUUGCAAGGUGAAAAAUGUCAAUAAAAUUGAUUCAACUUCCAUUGUAAUAAAUACUUACCAAAUCGAUGACACGUCAAUUGAGUCAUUAGUGAUAAUGAAUCUAAUUAUGAAAAUAAUAAAAAAACAAUUAUUACUGAAUCUGCAAUAUGACGACGUUUCAAGCAAAUAUACGGAAUACAAUGAAAUUAUAGAAUUUUCGAUUACCGUUCACGUACACGCAAAUAAAUACACAUCCAAGGAUAUUGACCAAUCGAUCGAGGAAUUUCUGGAAUGGUUUGGAGAACAUUUGGAUCGAUACUCAGAAGAUGAGUUAGAUGUUAUUAAAGAAAGAAUGAGAAUAUCCAAUCAACAUGCUGAUAUGAAUCUGGCAGAAGAAGUUGAUAGAAACUGGAAAGAGAUUAUAACAAAUCAAUACAUGUUUGACAGACUCGAGAGGGAACUAUUUGCACUAUUCAGAAUAAAAACUGACAAACUAAGAGAAUGGUUUGCAAAGUACAUAUUGAACGAAAUUUAUGUCAGAAAAUUGAAUGUACAUGUUAUAGGAACUGACACCAAAGUGCAGUCUUCUAUUUUAGAACCUAUAAUUGACGGUAAUCAAUAUAUGUAUAUUCAAAGUACUCAUAUUUCAAAUGUAGAAGAUUGCAAGGAAAAAUUUUACAUCUAUCCAACACAAACUAAGAAUUAA